AUGGAGACGUUGCGGAUUAGUGGGACCACACUGAUUCGAGAUGCAGUUAAACCUAAGAUAAGAGCUGUUCUUGGUGCGAUUAAGUCGCAUGGUCUUACUGUCAGAGGUUCACGUAUUGUUCCACGGGGCUCUAGUGAACGCGCUGAUUCCCCACGUGAUCGUGCUUCCGGAGAUGGCAACCACCAUUCGGGUUUGCGGAAUCGUGAUCGUGCUUCCGGAGAUGGCAACCACCAUUCGGGUUUGCGGAAUCGUGAUAACCGGUAUGACAGCCGUCAGCCCGGAUCUAGAGACGGUUCACAGAGGCGAGAUCAGGGGGGUGAUAUAGAUAGGCGCGAUUCCAGAUAUGACGAUCGAGACGACAGUUUUAGAACUGUUCAUCAUGGUCGAAACCGGGGUCGUGGUGCUGGGCGUGGAGCUGGAGGCAGGGGUCGCAACGGGCGUUACAACGACAACGGAAGAAACCACAAUUAUUAG